AUGACAGCGGAGAGCCCCCAGUCGUCCACCUGCCUGGCAGGCCACACGAACACCGAGACGGGGCGACCUGCACUAGUGAAGGUGGAGCCGCCGCCGCCCCUUGGAGAGGGCUUGGAGCCGGAGCAGGAGCCGUCGGAAGAAGAGGCGGGGGCGGCGACGGCAACGGCAGCGGGGUCUCGGCCAGCGGGGCGGCGAAGGAAGCGGCCGGUGCAGCGCGGGAAGCCCCCUUACAGCUACAUCGCCCUCAUCGCCAUGGCCAUCGCGCACUCGCCGGAGCGGCGCUUGACCUUGGGCGGCAUCUACCGCUUCAUCACGGAGCGCUUCCCCUUCUACCGCGACGGGCCCCGCAAGUGGCAGAACAGCAUCCGCCACAACCUGACGCUCAACGACUGCUUCGUCAAAGUGCCCCGGGAGCCCGGCCGGCCGGGCAAAGGCAGCUACUGGGCCCUCGACCCCCACGCCCGAGACAUGUUCGAGAGCGGCAGCUUCUUGCGCCGCAGGAAGCGCUUCAAGCGCAGCGACCUCUCCACCUACCCGGCCUACAUGCAGGAGGCGCCGGCCCAGCAGCCCCUCCGGCCUGCCUUGAGCGCGGCCUACGCGCCCUCCUCCUCUUCCUCCUCCUCCGGCGCCCUCUGCUACCCGUCCCCGCCGCCGCCGCCGCCCCUCUUCGGCAACGCCUGCUCCUUUGCUGGGGCCGCGGCCUACGCCGGCCAAGGCUGCCCCCCAGGCCCGGGCCUCUCCAGAGCCCACAGCGGUGGCAUCCCUUACUCCUAUCCGGUGCCCGGCGCCCAGCAGCUCCAAGUGAACCAAAGCUCUUAUGCCCAGAGUGGGGGCAACCACCUGUUUGGGGCCUCGGCUCGCCUGGCCAUCCCUACCUCCCCACAGCUCAGUAGUGACACCAUGGAUUUCUAUGGCCGGGUGUCUCCUGGCUCCUACAGUUCUUUGGCCCACGGCUACAAUGCCAGCGGGCAGCUGGGCAGCUCUGGAGCCUACCUGCGGCACGCCACCUAUUCCAGCAACAUGGAACGAUUUGUUUCGGCAAUCUGAAGCCGAGGAAAUUCUAGGAUUGGGGAAACAUGGCAAGGGAACACUGGAGGGGAGAAAGGCCUUUUUUGGGGGGGACAGCAGGGCAGCACGGUCUUAUCCUAUGCUUAGAUUUAUCAGGAGCAGGUUAGCUUGGCUGUAGUGUUCCCUUGCCAAUGCAGUGUGGAUGGCACUGGAGGCUCCAAUCGGAACCAUAGUUAAAGGACCCAAGGGGAGGUGGAUGCUGGAAACAUGGUCUGUGGUUCUCAGCCACUAUAACGACCGAAAGUGGAAAAGCCUAGUGCACUGUAUGAUAUUAAGGAUUGUGAGGCAUGUGAGAGGCUGAAAGGGGAGCACAAAGAAGCCUUCUAAGGCACAACUGUUAAUGUUGAAACACAACCUCUUCAGAGAUGGAAUUGCAACAUUUUCAGGUUUUUCCUAGACUUAAUCCUCUGCUUUAUUUUGUGGGCUCUGUACUUUUCUCAAAUAGUUGUAGUCUCAAAUUGCAAUAGGCAUCACCUCUCUCUCUCUCUCUUUUCAUUUUUUUUGCCCUAGUUGGAUUACUGGCAAAUUAUGAAUAACUGGUAGGUGUGUGCUUAAUACCUUUGAUUCCAAGUUUUCAGUGAGUCACAAAUUCAUUUGGACAUAAUACAUACGGGAUCAAUGAAUCACAGUUCCUUUGGGGUGCUUAAGAUAAAAUGCUCUUUAUAGUUCGGUGUUCUUAUGGCUCUGGGGAUGCAAUAAAUAAUGUUUGAAACAUACUUUGUUGGAUAGUUUUUCCUGAUCGUGAUCAGUAUUUAUAGAGGAGUGCAUUUUUCUUACAGCAGGCGAAAAGAACCUGCUUCUACACUUCAGUGUGCUAAUUAUUCAGUGACUCCAUUUGUAGCCUUUAGCCUCAAGUCAGAUUUCUUGUGGGUUGUAGGGAAUGUGUGGUUAGCAGCUGCAAUAGUCAGAGGAGAAUAUGUUGGUUAACUCUUUGAAGAUUAGAUGCAGGAAAAAUUCUAGUCCAUUCCUUUGAGAUCCUUUGUUCUGUGAAACAUUCCUCAAAAGCAGAAACAUCUUUCCUCAUAUACAGCAUAAUUAAUCCUCUCUGUUUUCACUUUCUGUACUCAGA